AUGGGGUCUAUGACGCAAGUCAACAGAACAGAAGACCUGAUCAUGCAAGGAUGGCAUUCAAAAAUCAUGAACUCACCAUAUCAAAAUCUUCAUGGUGCCAGCAGCAUUAUGAUGGACAGUACCAAGAUAUUGGGAGUUCAAGCCAUCCUCAUUGCAGCUUAUGCCUUGAUUAUUCUCCUUGGCCUUGUUGGAAACUCCCUAGUCAUCUACAUGAUAAUAAAAUACAAAAAUAUGAGGACUGUAACCAACUUUUUCAUAGCCAAUUUAGCAGUUGCUGACCUGAUGGUGGACAGCCUCUGUCUGCCGUUUACUCUGGUGUACACAUUAAUGGAUGAGUGGAAAUUUGGGUUAGUUUUGUGCCAUUUGUUUCCUUAUGCUCAAGCUAUGAGUGUUAAUGUCUCCACUCUUACCUUGAUGGUAAUUGCUUUGGACAGGUAUUGGUGCAUUGUCUUCCACCUCAGCAGUCGAAUCUCUAAGAAAUUCAGUUUUUUAACUAUUACUGUUACAUGGUUGGCAGCUGGUGUCUUUGCUAUACCACUUGCUAUUUUUAGAGAAUAUAGGUAUGAGGACCUACCAUAUAUCAACCUAAAGAUUGCAGUCUGUGCUGAAAAAUGGCCCUCAAAUAAUAGUCGGGAUGCAACCAUUUACAGUUUAUCAAUGCUUAUUCUACAGUAUGUCCUACCACUUGCUGUAAUUUGCUACGCCUACAUCAGAAUAUGGUUUAAGCUGAAGAAUCACAUCAGCCCAACACCCAGGAGUGACAAUGAGCUACGAAGAAAAAACACCACCAAGAUGCUUGUGAUGAUGGUGGUAGUAUUUGCAGUUUGCUGGCUACCAUUCCAUAUAUUCCAGUUGGCCAUCGACUUGGAUUGGGCUUUGGUUUUCCAUGAGUACAAGCUUCUCUAUACCAUAUUUCAUGUAAUUGCAAUGUGCUCCACUUUUGCAAAUCCUUUACUCUAUGGAUGGAUGAAUAAAAACUAUAGAAAUGGAUUCCUCAUGUUUUUUGGUUGUAAGGACAAACUAAAGAGCAGUCAAGCUGAUGGGUCACUCCGGGGACAUUCCUAUACAUUUCGUGCUACCACAAAUCAUGGAAGCUUUCGCAAUGCUGGUGAAAAUGGACAGCCGCCAACACAGGUCUAA